CAUAGACAACAAGGACAUGGAUCUCAAUAAACUCAAGAAAAACGCUUACUACGAAGUUCUCAAGGCCUUCCUCGCAGAGUCUUCUACAAUAUCCGGACCAAGGAUUAUGUUCAUGAAAGAACUCAAGAAGGAACUGAAUAUCGAUCAUGACACUCACGCCGAUUGCCAUAAGCGAGUCAAAACUGAUACACUGGUCCAAGAACUGAGGGGAACUUCUUCUGAGAAGGCAACAGAGAAAGCCACUGACGCUGAGGAAGAGAAGAGUACUUCUGUAGAAGGAGAAGCACUAAAGCCACGUCUAGUAGUGGACGAGAGAUACGUUCUCAAACUUCAAGAAAGUUUCAACGUAGCUCCAGCAAAGAUCCAACAAGAAACGGCUCAACCGAGUGAUACUAGUACUCCUGCAAAGAUCCAAAAAGACAAGGCUGAAGUGAGCGCUACUACUACCACUACUCCUGAAGAGUUACCUUUCCCAAGCUGGGGCCAUGUUGCUCCCGAGUCUCUUGUUAACAGCAUCAUCAAUAUAAUAAUAUACGGUGACAACGACCACGUUCAAUUCCAAAUCAAAGCCUAUGACGCAGAAACGGAAAUGCACCAGCUGGUGACUUUAGGAAGCACAAAGGAACAUGACGACCCCUUGGACUGGAUCGAUAUUAGAUAUUUUCCAAAGGAAGAUGUUAUAUGGCAAAAUCAACAUCCCGGGUUCACAACACGCAACUGCUUACUUAAACCAGGCCAAACCAUCUUGAACGCAACCACUACAGCUCGUGAGAAGACGCCAAUCAAAGUGGUUGGAACAUCUGCCAGUGGGAUUCCUAUUAUCAAGAUCAAGAAACUUGAUAAGGGAAAAGCUAAAGCGCAGUAGGGGGAUGUAGACAAGACC